CAUUUAUUGACAAAUGACAUUCUUUCCCAAAAAGAAAGAAUAUUCUUCAAAAAUUUUCCUGACUUGCAAAUCCAAAAAAAUUAGGGUAAUCCUUUAAAUUUUUUGAAUAAGUACAAUGGCCGGCUUCCCAGGAAGCAUCGCAUUCGAUGAAUAUGGUAGACCUUUCAUCAUUUUACGUGACCAAGAUAAACAGAAACGGCUGACCGGAAUCGAUGCACUCAAGUCUCAUAUUUUGGCCGCAAAACAAGUCGCUCUAACCAUCAGGACUUCCCUGGGACCCAAAGGACUGGACAAGAUGAUGGUGUCUCAGGAUGGUGAAGUUACAGUAACUAAUGAUGGGGCAACUAUUUUGAAAAUGAUGGAUGUAGAUCAUGAAGUCGCUAAACUGCUGGUUCAGUUGGCACAGUCCCAGGAUGAUGAGAUUGGUGAUGGGACAACUGGGGUUGUGGUUCUGGCAGGAGCCCUAUUAGAGCAAGCUGGAGCCCUCCUGGAUCGUGGCAUUCACCCCAUCCGUAUUGCUGAUGGUUUUGAGUUAGCCUGUCAAACAGCUGUUACUCAUCUGGACAAAAUUGCUGAGCUGUUUCCUGUAUCUGCAGAAAACACUGAGCCACUCAUCAAAGUUGCUAUGACAACUUUAGGCUCAAAGAUCAUAAACAAGUGCCAUCGACAGAUGGCAGAAAUAGCUGUGAAUGCUGUACUGGCUGUAGCUGAUCUGGAACAGAAAGAUGUUAACUUUGAGUUGAUCAAAGUUGAGGGAAAGGUAGGAGGUCGCCUAGAAGACACGACUCUAGUCCGCGGCGUAGUCAUAGACAAGACAAUGUCGCAUCCUCAGAUGCCAAAGGAACUUCGUAAUGUCAAACUCGCCAUACUCACCUGCCCGUUCGAGCCACCGAAACCCAAGACCAAACACAAGUUGGACGUGACUGAUGUAGAAGGAUACAAGGAACUGCGCCAGUACGAGCAGGACAAGUUCAAGGAAAUCGUAGGAUUGGUCAAGAAAGCCGGCGCGACAUUGGCGAUAUGCCAAUGGGGAUUUGAUGAUGAGGCGAAUCAUUUGUUGUUGCAGCAGCAGUUACCAGCUGUCAGAUGGGUGGGAGGUCCAGAGAUCGAACUGAUCGCCAUAGCGACAGGAGGCCGUAUCGUGCCAAGAUUUGAAGAGCUCACCCCUGAGAAGCUAGGCAGUGCCGGUUUGGUACGUGAGAUCGCUUUUGGCACGACCAAAGAUCGUAUGCUUGUGAUAGAAGAGUGCAGCAACUCGCGUGCUGUCACUAUUUUGGUGAGAGGUGGAAAUCAGAUGUUGGUUGACGAAGCCAAGAGGAGUCUUCAUGACGCGUUAUGCGUGAUCAGAAGCUUGGUUCAGGAACCAAGGGUUGUGUAUGGUGGUGGUGCUGCAGAAAUAGCAUGCAGCUUGGCCGUAGCAUCUCAAGCAGAUCAACUGGCUUCAUUGGAGCAAUACGCUUACAGAGCAUUUGCUGAAGCUUUGGAAACUAUUCCUUUGGCUUUGGCUGAAAACAGUGGGCUGUCAGCGAUUCACACACUGGGAGAAGUAAAGGAAAAUACAACUGUUCGGUAUUGGAAAUUGCUUGGUUCAGGUAUUCGAAACAGAUACAUAAGCGAUAGAUAACUAUCACCCGUAGCCAAAUAUCUUAAUGUCACUAGCAAUCUCACGCGGGGCGUGAUUGCUUCCCGAAAGUUGGUAUCACAUUUUUUUAUCAUAGGCCAAACAAGCCUCCAGUGGGGAUCCAGCCCUAGGAAUAGACUGUAUGGGAAAAGGCUUUCUCAAUAUGAGGGAGCAACACGUCAUUGAAUCAGUGAGGUCCAAGAGACAACAGUUAUUGCUUGCCACACAGUUGGUAAAGAUGAUCUUGAAAAUUGAUGAUGUGAGGUCACCUGCCGAUAGAGAAUAGAUGAAAACAGUAUUGAGGAUCUGAGACGCUAAUUGAUUACAUUGACAUUUGUGGCGUAUUUGUUGGCCCUACUACUGCUCCAAAACUUGAUAAUUGGUAGUUUCAUCCACCAUUCUGCAGUUUCUUCGGAGAUCGGACGUUGAACUGGCAAACUCUAAUAUAUUGACGUAGUAUUACUACACAGUAAAGAUAACAGUAUUUAAUUUGCAACAAAAUUAAAUCAAAAAAUACAUCAGAAUCUAAUAAACGUCGCAUUGUUCAAAAAAAGGUCAGUUCAGACAACAAAAUUUCAACCAGUUUAAGGCACGUCCAAUUUUUCAUAAACAAGUUAGGAAUAUCUUUUUGUACCAGAAUCGAGAGAGAGGAGAGCUAUCAGAUCCUCAUUUACUUUGGUAUUCUGAUCAGAGUAAUUAUUCAGACUCAUAUUUAUAUAAUUCUUUUAUCAUUCAAAUCGUAUGCAGAUUUGUGCUUGUGUUCGUUUUAUAUGUGCUCUGAUCACGUAUCACUAGUUUUAUAAUGAUGGCGAAACAAUAUCUAUUGAAUUGUUCUGUAUUAUUAUUUAGGUCGUACGUUGUUAUUUUCAUCGAUUCUUUUGACUCACAUUUUGAUAAUAUACAUAUACAUGUUCACAUUUAGAAACAGCUUUCUAUUAAAAUAUAAACUAACA